CGGCAAUAACCCUGUAUAUAAGAGAUAGAAAAUCCAGCUAUAGUCGGGUUGGGAUCCUACAUGGUGAGCAUUGUUUUUUACCUAGGCCCGGAGUCUAUGACGUGAUCGAGCAACAAGACGCCAAUUGCCCCUAAGAAAAUGACCACCGCUAGUUCACGAUUCGACGCAGAGUCCUGGUCUGGUAGACCACUAAAUGUCGUUUACGCUGGAGUUACGGAGCUUAUCUGCGAUAACUCCGGCGGAAGAGUUGCAAUUGCCGUUCGAAAUCUGACAGAUCUGGUCGACUUCCUUGUGUGUACUUGGCACGCUCCCCGUCCCAAUGUAUCGGACUAUGCGACCGGCGCGAUAGUCGCAGAGCUGAAAAGGUAUAGAGAAAAGCACGCAGAGAAAAUAGUCAGCGCUGCUCUCCAUCAGUCUCUUGUUUCCAGGUGUCCAUCUCUAUGCUCGCGACUGUGGAGCGAGCUCGACAUUGUGCCCUUGGUACUCGAACAUAAGGAUAGGGAAAAACGCCACGAUGACCAGGGCGAGCUGGCGACCUUUUCCGGAUGGCAUAAGAAGGAACUCGACGAGCAGGCAGAUUCAAUGGUGCGGAAGUGCAUACAGUCCUUCGGCAUUGGCCAUGUACUGCAUAAUAAUAUCAAUUUCGAUGGCUCAGUGGACGUCGACAGAGGCUAUCAUGCGCAUCUGGCUAGGGCAGAAGACUACGAGAAGACGGUCGAUCCUGCAACAUGGUCUCUGGCUCAACAUUUCGCCCAAGAUCUGAGAGUAAGGGAGGUGAAGGUCGCUUUCUUCAGUAUGACGUACCAGGGCAGACCUGAUGUUCCUACCCGACAUGCUCUCUCCAGGUUCACCAAGAGUCUCGGGGCUCCACUGAAAUGGUUUGUCUCGAAGCCACAGCCAGGGAUGAUUCCUCUCGUCCGGAAGAUGCAAGACACCCUGGAGGGACUGGGUGAUCCACUGUCGGAUAUCACUGUCAACGAUGAGCUAUUGAUGCUCGACUUUGCGUACGCUAACGCCAGGAAGUACUGGCUGUGCGAGAACGGGCCCCUUCGGCCUCGCGCAGAGGGAGGUGUCGACGUAGUAAUCAUUGACAGUGCGCCACUUUUAACAUUGGCUCUACUGUCUAAGCAGCAAGACCCCAAGCGGCCUGUCAUUUUUGAGAGUAGCCUCCAGCCCCAGGGCGACUCGCUUAACGAUCCUAAUAGUCCGCAAUCUCGAGCAUGGGACUUUAUCCGAGCCAGGCUAACUCACGUGGAUCUGGUGGUGUCGCUCCUCCCGAAGGAACUUGCGCCGCGUAUUAUGCCCGAGGAAAAUGUCGGCUACAUGUCAUUUACCAUUGACCAACUCGAUGGUCAGAAUAAGCUUCUGACUGGAUGGGACGUUGGCUUCUAUGGCCGUGAGUUCAGCGCCCUUUGUAGGUCCCUGCAGAUGUCUAUUAUACACUAUCCAAAGGAGCACUAUAUCCUCCAUCUAUCUCAAUUCAGGCCUGGCGACGGUACUUCCUGCCUUCUUCACUCUUAUCAGAAGUUUUGCGACACCUAUGUUAGAGAGCAUCCGGGACAGCAAGUUCCGAAGUUACUAAUUUGUCAUCCUCGACCGUUCCGAACUCCGAAAAGCUCCUUUUUCUACGAUGUGGCCAUGUCACAAAUCGACAGUAGUGAGAGCCUAUCUGCGUCCGUUUGUAUCAUCCCUAUUGGAGCCGUGGAUCAAAUGUGGAACGCCGUGCUCACGAACGCAAGAGCGCUUGUACAGCUGUCCACAUUGCAUGGGAUCCCUGAAGUGCUCCUCGGAGCCAUCCAAAAGGGAACGCCAGUGAUUAGUACCCGGGGUGCCGAGUUAUUUCCCUUUGUGCACGAAUCAGAAAAUGCUAUACUGGUCGACAAGGGGGAUAAGGACGGGAUAGCUCGGCAUUUUUAUCGUAUUUUCAGUGACGAGAAAUUUUCCCAGCGCAAGGCAGCGCCUGCGUUGAAGAGACUUCCCGAUGAGCACACCACUGUCGGGAAUGCAGUCAGCUGGUUGUAUCUGGCAUCGAAGCUGUCUCGGGGCGACAAGUUUGAGCCUCGGGGUAGAGGAAUUUUUAAGCUGGCCCGAGAGGAGGCGGGGGAUAAUGGGUAUGAUUGGCAUGCUGUAUAGUUGUCAGUGGUCUGACGAGAAACAUCUGUAUAAUGUUCACUUAAGUGGGAAUUUCCUCUAGUAACCUUUGUCGCAUGCACCCUCUAUACUAGUCGGAGAGUAUAUCCGAAGCGGGCCAGUUCGAACCUGCCAAUCUGGGAGGUUCUGUCAGGAGUCCCACUUGACUGGCACACGAAGACUGCUAAUCGCGCAGCUG